AUGGCGUCGCGCGCGUGCCUUCGGUGGGUCGCGCCGCCGACCGCGACGCGGCGCGAGCGCAGACGAUGCGAUCAGAGGAGCCGUCGCGUCGCCAGACGAGCGGCGGCGGCGACGGCGGACGCCGCCGACGACGCCGCCGCCGCGCGCGACGACGGCGAUGACGGCGGGCGGCACGACUUCACGACCGUGUUCGGCCGCGGGCGCGUCGCGUCCGUGCUCGCGCGCGCGCUCGGGAUCUCGCGAUGCGUGCUCGUGGGCAGGUACAAUUCGUUCCCCGCGGACGACAUCGGAGGCCCGAUAUACGUCGCGACGCACGCGUCGGACCUCGCCGCCGUCCUCGCGAAAGUCCCCGCGUCGCGCAGGCGCGACGUCGUCCUGAUGCAGGGCGGUCUCCUGAGGCGCGCGUGGCUCGAGGCGCGCGGCGCGGCCGACGCGACGCAAGUCGCGCUCUUCCUCUCCGCGCGGCGCGACGGGGACGUCGUGGACGGCGGCGGGAGGACCGUCGCGUGCGGCCCGCACGCCGCGCACGUCGUCGAGACGCUCGCGAGGGUCGGCGUGCGAUGCGCCGAGGUGGACGCGACCGAGUUCGGUACCGCGGCGACGGAGAAACUCCUGUGGGCGUCCAUCUUCUGGCUCAUGUGCGCGACGCGCGGCGGCGCGGGCGGCGACGCGGUCACCGUGGGGGAGAUCGUGAACGACGUCGACGCGUCCGCGCGCGCGGAGGCGCUCGCCGUCGAGCUCAUGCGCGUCGUCGUCGCCGCGGGGGAGCUGGACGGCGGCGCGGACGCGGCGGAAGACGGAACAUCAACCGUCGCGGGGAGCCCGCCCGCGCCCGCGUUACCCCUCCUCGACGCGGAGGCGCUCGAGUACGAGGGGACGGGGUUCGGCACGGACGCGGAGUUCGAGCAAGGCCUGAUCGUGAUCGGUCUGUUCCGGUACUGCGACGACAUCCCGGACGCGGCGCCGAGCGCGGAGAUGGCGACGCGCGAGGGCGCGUUUCGGAACGGGUGGUUCCUCGCCGCGGCGGAGCGUUACGCGCUCGAGACGCCGCUGCACGAGCGGCUGUUGAGAGACGCGGGCGUGGACGUCGACGAGCUCAGAAGCCGCGCGCGGGCGGAGCACGGGCUGUGA